AUGGGUAUUUCUGUUUCCAGAGUAGGAUCCGCUGCUCAAAUUAAAGCUAUGAAACAAGUAGCUGGUAAGUUAAAAUCGGAAUUGGCGCAAUUUGCAGAAUUAGAAGCCUUUGCGCAAUUCGCUUCGGAUCUUGAUAAAGCUACUCAGAAUCAAUUGGCAAGAGGUCAACGAUUACGCGAGUUGCUCAAACAAUCCCAAUCAUCUCCUCUCAUAGUGGAGGAACAGAUAAUGACUAUUUAUACCGGAACAAAUGGUUAUCUUGAUUCAUUAGAAAUUGGACAAGUAAGGAAAUUUCUCGUUGAGUUACGUACCUACUUAAAAACGAAUAGACCUUAG